AUUCAACGUAGGGACUAGGUCAGCCCGGCUGACUUACAUUGCUUUUUUUUUUCUUUCAAAAUGCUAGUUUCGAGCCUAUAAUAAAAACAGCAAGGGCCUAUAUGUUGUAACAACGGUUAAGAAUACAUCGACACAGUUGAACUGUCAAAAGCAUAAACGUCAAACAAAUUGUCUAUAAUCGUCAUCGCUUUAAUGCAAUUUACUUUGAAAAAAGAAAUUUGUUCAAAUUUUUUUGUGUGUAUGUGUUGACAAUUGCUGUUAUUGCUAAGAUUUAUUGAACAAACUUCGAGGAUUCCAAUUUGAAGCAGUAAAUUAAUGAGAAAUUUGUUGUGAUAAUGGAUAAAGUGACGGAUUUCCAUUACACAUCGUUGCCAGAUGAUUCGCUCUAUGUGAAACCAUUUCGAAUGUAUUAUGUGCAAAAUGGGAAGGAAAAAUCGUGGGAUCUGCUGAAAGUUCAUGACAGUGUGGCAAUCAUCAUACUGAAUAAAACUAGAAACACUUUGGUGUUGGUGCGACAAUUUCGUCCAGCUGUUUAUCAUUCGAUACUAUCGUCUGAUCCACUGCAUCACAUGGCUUCGCCGCAAGUUCUACUAGAAAAGUACCCAGUUUCACAGGCAAUUACAAAUGAACUGUGUGCUGGCAUUGUAGACAAAUCAAAGUCACUCAUUGAAAUUGCCCGAGAAGAAAUUCUCGAAGAAUGCGGCUACAAUGUGCCUAUCGAUCGAAUUGAACUCGUCAUGACUUAUAGAGCUGGUGUUGGAACCGAUGGAUCGACGCAAACACUCUACUACUGUGAAGUGACCGAUGACGACAAAGCAGCAGAAGGAGGUGGAGUGGACGAUGAAAUUAUCGAUGUGUUCGAACUAACAAUGGAUGAAUGCCACGAAAUGUUGAAACAAGGAGCGAUAAACAAUGCACCACCCAGUUGCCUGUUCGGAAUUUCAUGGUUCCUCACGAACAAAACAAAAUGAUUUUCAUUCGAUCGAAAAUUCUGAACAAACUUAUCUACCUUAUUGAUGUAUUCCAGAAGAUGUACGAAAAAACAAAAUUCCAAAUAAUAAUAGUGUGAUGAAUUUCUGGCAAAUUAUUUGCAAUGUCCAAGACUAGAAAAUAAAUUGUUUAUUCACGGAUAUGUUCUUUUUUCUACCAGAAAAUAGUUCGCAUUCUUUUUUCCACUAACAGUAUACAAAAUUUGUUUUGUCGAUGAUUCAUAAGUAAUCAAAUGCACUAUGCAAAUAUGUCUGAAACGAAUAAAUUCCAAAUUACCAAAAGAUGAGCAAUCACAUUUUGGAUUGUUUUUGUUUUUGUUUUCUAUGACUGCUUUAUUUUGGUGGCAUUUUCCUUCGUUCAUAUGAAAUCAAGACGUUUGGUUAUUUUGAGCUAACAACUCCGGCCGUUGAAAAACGUUAUCAGCAUUUUUUGCAUUCAUGAAGUGACGGUGUUUAGUCUUCUCGAAUCCGUUUCGUCGAAUUCAAAUGAAAAAUGUGCGCUUCUUGUGCACUUAGACGUGCAACUCUUUGCGAAUUGCUUAGAUGCAGGAUGAAGGAAAGAUAAACAUUCGGAAAAAGGCAUGUGCGGAGUAGCUAUAUAUCAAUAUGAAUGCAAAUUAAAUAAACAAUAUUUUUCCAAUUUGCUGUGACUUUAUUUUUGAUAUAAACUGAGUCGAUCCGUUCGAUUCGAACGGAACUAUACAAUUAUUUAAGUUUUGCUUACUGUCACUGAAUUCGGUUGAAUCGAUUGCAAUUUUUUAUUGCGAAAUUAAAGCACGAAUUCAGCAUUUUCUGGCCAUCACCACAGUAUAUAAUGGGCUUGCAUGGUGUGCCACAUUUCAGAUCUUAUCCGAUCACCAUCGUGUUACAUUCAAAUCAAGACCUCGUGAUUUUUUUUAUCGAAAGAAACGCAUAAAUCGAAACAAAGAUGGCUGGUAUUCGCUAUCAUGCCGGCUACGAAUGUAGUUGCGGCAAGAAGUACGACACAAUCAAUACAUCGAAAGGUGAAAGACGUCCAUGCCCAGGAUGCCAAACCAUGAAUUCGCCAAUCAAAGAAUUGAAGUUCAAUGAUGGCGAAGCAGUUCCCCACUGGUAACUUCGAAUCGAAGUCUUCGAUGUUUGUAAGAAUGGCCAUCAACAGCGUGCCGAAAAGAACCAAAUCGAAAUCAAACACAAAAUUCAUUGUUUUGUCACAAAUCUGAUAUUGAAUAAAAUUUAUUGAAUAUCUUUUGGCAAAACGCCAGCGGAAAAA